UAUUUGGGUCCCGCUUCGCGAGUACCGCCAACUGAAAUUACAUUCAUUGCAUAUGCAGCUAAUGAGUUGACGCGUGAUUUCGUUUAAAAUUAAAUAACAGCUUCGCCCCUUGAAUUUUGUUCACAUUUUUUUCCUUCAGCUGGCGAGGGGGGCUUUUACAGUCAACAUCAGUGAUGGCGAGCCGCCUCACUUUUCACUCACAGCUCUCCUCCAUUAUGGAGACUAUGUCCAGGUCUGUUCUGAGUCAGGUGUGCAACCUGGUGGAUGAAGAUUCGAGAGAGCUCCGGCUGGAGUUUUCUCGGCUCCUGGUUGUUAAUUCAACCCUGGAAGACAAAGUUAACAGUCUGGAGUGCGAACUGACAGCGGUGAGAAGCGACGCCCCCAAGUUGUGUCAAAGUUAUCACAGCGUGGGUGUCCAAACAGUCUGCUUCAGAGACGGUGAUGAUUGUGAGUCUGGACCUCCUACCAUAGAGGGCAUCUUUGGAAAAGAAUGGUGUAUGAAUCUGUGGAAAGACAGAGAACCAUACAACCUGGAGGGAGUCACAGACUCUCUACAGUCCUCUGAGAAAGUAAGAGAAAGGUUUACAGAGUCCGUAGCAACGUUGUCUGACCAAAUUAUUGUGAUUACUGAAAUCAAAGAGAAGGAUUAUGUGGAGGACACUGCAGGCAGCAGCCAGCGGGAAACACUUAGCACAGAAGAACAUGAAGACAACAUGGCUGAGGAACUGGAGCAACUGUCAGUUGGUUACUUGGCUGAUAGCAGCACUUGCAGCCUGUCAUGUGAUCAGGAUGUGUCAGUAGGUGAUACUGAAGACCAGCCCAUGCAGCUGAUACCCAUCAAUGACACAGGGGAGACUUUCAACUCUUAUAUUAUUCCAAUUGAAGAGGAUGACAACGACGACGACGACGAUGUAGAGUUUGUUCAUGAAAGUCAGCAGGCGCCAACGAUGAACACUGCAGGUGGGCUCAGCCACAACAAGCAGCAAACAUUAACUUGUAACAUCUCUGAAAACAGGUCUGCUCCAAGUAAAGAUUCACCCAAUGACUGUAAUAUGCUUAAUGUAGAUACCACCAGAGAUCCAAACAAGGACAAAUUCUCUUGUCGAAUUUGCAACAGGACCUUUUUCCACAAGGGCACUCUAACACACCACAUGAAGUCACACAAAUCAAACUUUUGCAAUAUCUGUAAGCAGCAUUUCCCUCACAGGAACAAUUUGAACUCACACACCUGUGUGCCUCCAGUUCCCUCCCAGAGAGUCAGUAAGUCGUGUGAGAUGUGCGGGAAGACCUUUGCAAACCCGUCGGCUCUGAGGAUUCACUAUGUUGUCCACACGGGAGAGAAACCCUACAGGUGCAGCUUAUGUGGGAAAGGGUUCACCCAGAAAGGCAAUCUGAAGUGUCAUCUACGUAUCCAUACUGGAGAGAGACCAUUCCUCUGUGUUAGAUGUGGGAAGACCUUCACACAAAAGGUCAACCUCAACCAUCAUUUAAUGGCGCACAGAAAUCGUGAGGUCGUGGGAGAAAAGCCCACAUAAGCCAUCCUAAAAACGUUAUGAUCCCUGUUAUAAGAUCAGUAGCAAAGCGAUGUGAAUGCAUUGCGUACUACUUCUCACAUUAGCAGAAGGCCCAUUAAUGUCCUCUUUGUAAUAACGUUGUU